AUGCCUGCUCUUUGUGGAGGAUCCAAGACCGUUCAGCGAAAGCUGGUUCUACUAGGUGAUGGUGCUUGCGGAAAGACAUCAUUGCUCAACGUCUUUACUAGAGGCUACUUCCCAACGGUUUACGAACCUACCGUUUUCGAGAAUUACGUUCACGACAUCUUUGUUGACAAUGUCCACAUCGAACUCUCUCUCUGGGACACAGCCGGCCAAGAAGAAUUCGACCGAUUACGAUCCCUUUCCUACGAUGACACAGAUCUCAUCAUGCUCUGCUACUCAGUCGACAGCAAAGACUCACUCGAAAACGUAGAGUCCAAAUGGGUAGGCGAAAUCGCCGACAACUGCCCAGGCACAAAACUCGUCCUCGUAGCCCUCAAGUGCGACCUCCGCGAGCAAGGCGAAGAAGACGAAAACGCAGCAGCCAACGAAUCAGAACCCCGGGAGAAGAAGCCAAUGAUCAACUACGACCAGGGUCUCGAGGUGGCGCGUCGCAUAGGCGCCCAGCGAUACCUCGAGUGCUCCGCCAUGAAGAACAGGGGCGUCAACGAGGCCUUUACCGAGGCUGCGCGUGUUGCUCUCAGCGUCAAGAAGGAUCGCGAGGAGAGCAAGUGCACCGUCAUGUAA